AUGGAAUUUGUUGGUACAAUGACGGAUAAUGGCCCUUUCAAAAAUGAGGAAUAUCAUGGAUCUCUAAGUGGAGAAGCAAAUUCAAGUGACAAUUUAGAGCUGUAUCAUCGAUUUAACGAUGAGAGAAACCCCAAGUACCAAGCGAUGAUCGCUGAAUUGCAUGACUUCUUUCGCCUUACUUUGGCGGAAACUAUAAACGUAACUGAUAUUGACGGGUUAAAAUAUGAUAAUAUUAAGGUUACUAAAUUUAGAGAGCUAAUGCCCAGAAUGCUGAAUAACUGUCGCGAAUUAACACAAAGGAAGUCUUAUAUCCCCUUAGAUUUAGAAAUUAGCGAGAAUGAAGAAAAGCAAAAGAGAUUCCAGCUACUGCACCGACAUCAAAUCGUGUUGAGUUUUCAAGAAUUUUGUGAUGAAAUGGCCAAGUCAAUAAUUGAAGCACACGUUCUUAGCUUUUUGUCCAAAUGUGAAUAUUCAUAUGACAUCGUAUCCAAACAUUGGGCCUCCUUUUAUAAAUUAUUUGAAUAUGUGAUAGGCGCGCUUGGACCUAUCAUAUCAUAUGUUCCUGUGAACUACCCUAUGAUCAAAAAAGAACUGGGAUUUGAGCUUCUGACGUUGUUUCAAUAUUACGACUUCAAACUUUUUGAAUGUAUAAAAGCUAAUUUUGGAGAAGAGUUCCCAAUUCUUGUGACUGCUUCUAUUCAUCACUAUAUCCAUAUGUUUCCAAUAACGAACAUUAUGUUAGAGAAUGAAACUCCUAUGCUCCGUAUAAUGUCUAAUUGUAACUUCAAUGUAGAGGGUCUGAGUCCCAAAAGUUAUUAUUUGAAAACACUAAAGGCUUAUUUUGAAGAGGAACCAAAUUUAGGUCCAAAGCUGGAAACUUUUAGAAAUUUUAAAGUACUACUAACAAGAAAUGCACUGUUAGCGUCGCUGUUUUUUCCCGAAUGGGUGAGUGACGCAAAUGAUUUAUUUAUAGGGCACCUACUGCUGAAUAAAUACUCCAUCAGUCAGUACAUUGAAAUUGGAAAAAACACAUACGAUGAACAAAAAGAGCGAUACUUCAAGACUGAGACAAGUUUUAGUCUAUUGAUGUUUAGAAAUGCGUUUGAGGCAAGAAAUAUGCUGAAAGAGUUUAAGGAAUUUUGUGAUGAUGUAAUUUCAGAAAAGUUGGGAGCUGCAUAUGGAGCCAAUCACGACACUGAAAAGCUCUUCGAUGAAGUGGUUCAACUGGCUAACGUAGACCACUUAAAAAUUUAUUCCGAUACCUUAGAACAUCAUUUAUGCGAAUUGCUAGGGAGCACUAGUAAAGCCAUUGAACACUAUGUCAAGUAUUUUGAAUCUCACCUAUUCAGGCUUGUGAGGAAGAUAAAAGCAAAAAGAACUGAGUUAUCCAGGGACGCGAAAAAGAAGUACCUCUACGAAAAUAUCCCCAUAUUGAGACUAAAGUUUGUCAACCUCCCCACGUUUCCUAGUUUUUUUGAAAGAUCAAUCUUCAGAAAGACAAUUCUACAAAGUGACCAAGAUUCUGUAUUUGUUAAGGAUAUAUUACCAGUUUAUAAAGACUGCUUGAUGGAACUUUUCAAGCAGAGAAUCAUAACGAACGUUUCACAAGAGGACGAAAUGCUCUACCGCGAUCAGUAUCAACCGUAUCUGUCACAGUUCUUCCAACCAGUGGAGGUUAUGGCAGAUUUAAAAAUUAAGUACGCGUCGUUCUUGUCCUUUUACGAGAACAUCGAAGUUGCGGUCAAGUUUGGCAAGAAGUACAAUGAAGACAAUUAUAGUUCGUUCUUCCCACUUAUUUUUGACAGAGAAAGAAUUCCCAAAAUUUUCCAGCAAUCUAAUGACGAGCUUGGAAAAAAUUUCAUUUUACCUCAAGAGAUGGACAGUAUAUGGAACGAAUUUUUAUCCAGUUUUCACCAGGAUAACAGGCUAAAAGAUUCUGAUACGUCCAAGAAGGAACUAUACCCGAUGUGGAAUUUGCAUCAUUGUGAUGUGGAAUCCCCCUACACAAUACCCCAGGGGGGCUAUCUGACAUUCGAAUUGACCCUUUUCCAAACCUGCGUAUUGACUUUAUUCAAUGAUAGCAAUCGCCUGACAUUUCAGAGCAUCUCAGAGCAAACAAAGCUAGGGAAUAAGGACUUGAUGUUGAUUUUGAAGUCGUUUUUAAACUACAAAAUCGUGACGAGAGACAAUGAAAAUACCUACAAGAUAAAUGAGAACUUCCAACCUGAUUUGAGGAAAGUGAAGAAUGGUAAACUACGUGUAGUGCUACCGAGAAACACCUCCAUGCAAAUCAGCAGUAACUCGACCAAUGGGAGAAGUAGUUCUUUGCACCACGAGGGAAGUAAUUCACAGUGGACUCAAGAACUACUGAAGACUUGCAUUACCAGGUCUGUCAAGGGCGAGAAAGAGGGACUCAGCUACGACCGUCUAUUCGAGACGGUCAAGCAACAAAUAAAAGGCUUCAGCGUUGGCGAGUUCAGGGACGCCCUGGCCAAACUCCUGCGAGACAAGUUCAUAACCAAGGACGAGUCUACAGAGACCUACAAGUACUAA